UGUGUGUGUGUGUGCGUGCGUGCGUGCGUGUGUAGGGCUGUAUUGAGGAGAGCUGCAGAGGGGAUGUACUCGGUUCCCUGGCUCUGUGGUGUCCAUGUUGCUUUGGGAGCCUCAGGCCUGCUCCCAUACAUCCCACUCUGGGUCUGUUGAUCCUAUUGUCUCCUCCGUCACCACGCAUCGCCCGGCGAAUAAAGGCUGUCUGGCUCCAAGCUUAAAUAUUGCAGCAAACUAAAAACCAACCAUCAGAGCUGAUUCAUUCACAUCUGCUCAGUGGGGCAACAAGGACAGGGCUUUAGGUGGGAAAGAGGGCAGAAGUCUACUUUUCCCCGCCGGGUGCCAAGAGAACAGGACAGGACACUACAACUUCGCCGGAGCCGCAUCUGUGCGCUACGGACCGAUCAUGGGUGACUGGAGCUUUCUGGGUAAUAUUUUAGAGGAAGUGAAUGAGCACUCAACGGUGAUCGGCCGGGUGUGGCUCACGGUCCUCUUCAUCUUCCGCAUCCUCAUCCUGGGUACGGCGGCAGAGUUUGUGUGGGGCGACGAGCAGUCAGACUACGUCUGCAACACGCAGCAGCCCGGUUGCGAGAAUGUGUGUUACGACGAGGCGUUCCCCAUCUCCCACAUUCGCCUGUGGGUUCUGCAGAUAAUUUUUGUGUCCACGCCAUCUCUGGUCUACGUGGGCCAUGCCGUGCACCACGUCCACAUGGAGGAGAAACGCAAGGAGCGUGAGGAGGCCGAGCUGAGUCGCCAACAGGAGCUAAGUGAGGAGCGGCUGCCACUAGCGCCUGACCAGGGCAGCGUGCGCACCACCAAGGAGACCAGCACCAAGGGCAGCAAGAAGUUCAGGCUGGAGGGCACCCUGCUGAGAACCUACAUCUGCCACAUCAUCUUCAAGACGCUGUUCGAAGUGGGUUUCGUAGUGGGCCAGUACUUUCUGUACGGCUUCCGCAUCCUGCCGCUGUACAAGUGCAGCCGCUGGCCCUGCCCCAACACCGUAGACUGCUUCGUGUCCCGGCCAACAGAGAAGACAGUCUUCAUCAUUUUCAUGUUGGCCGUGGCUUGCGUCUCGCUCUUCCUCAACUUUGUGGAGAUCAGCCAUCUGGGCUUGAAGAAGAUCCGCUUCGUCUUCUGGAAGCCAACCCCGGGGCAAGCCCAGGGUGAAGGCCUGAGCCCCAUGCCCCCCCCAGGGGGGAUCCUCAAGAGCCUGCCUCCCCUGGCCGUGCCUUCCAUCCAGAGGGCCAAAGGCUACAGGCUGCUGGAGGAGGAGAAAGCCCCGUCCGUGACCCACCUCUAUCCUCUGGCAGAGACGUGCAUGGAGGCAGGGAUGUUAACCCCCCUGGCCCCACCCUUCCAGUGCAUGGAGGAGAAGGCGGAAGAACUGAGGCACACGGAGGACAUUUCUAAGGUGUACAAUGAGUCCCUGCCCUCCUAUGCCCAAACCACCGAGAUAGGGGAGGACACACUACCACUACACCAAGAGGAGCAGGAGCAGCAGGAGGUGGUGGAGGAGGACAAAGAAGAGGAGGAAGUAGUGGAGGAGGCGGAGAUGGAGGUGACGGAUACGAUAGAAGACACCAGACCACUGAGCAGAUUGAGCAAAGCCAGCAGCAGGGCCAGGUCAGACGAUCUCACCGUAUGAACCUGUGAGAGAAAACAUGCGCACACCCGCACACCGAACACAGGAGAACAUACACCUAACUCUAGACAACACACACUUAAAACAGCAGGGCUUAACCAAGGGAAACACAUGUAAAUCCAACAGGGAUAGAUUCAAUCACAAGUUACACAUUACCCUUAUGAUGUGGGCAACAUCAUUCAACAAGGCAAAGAAAGAUCUGAGCUUGUUUGUGAGAUAAGUGAAUAUUAUAAAAAGUAGCGGUUAACAAGAGGAGGGAUAGAUUUUUUUUCAUUAAGCUCUUAUGUAAAAAAUGUAGAAAGGGCAAACAUGCAGAAAGGGGAAAAUAUUUUUACUUUAACAAUAACCAAUGAAAGUUCACUAAUGUUUACAUAUUCUGGUGGGGUUGAAUGGGUAGGGGAAGAGAUUGAGCAUAUAUUCCUGUCUGCAAGGCAGUAACAUUACUGUAGGCAGGCAAGCACUUUCAUUCCCAUACAGUCGGUGACAGACUGCAAUUAUGUAGUUGCAAACAUGUUGCAGGUGGAAGGGCUCUUAUACACCAAGUCCUUGCACAGAAAAAUAAUGGAACAAAAUUUACAAACUUAUGACUGACUCUUCAACACUAAGUUGAUAGUCAUUUUUUGGGAUAAAAAAUAGCAUCAUUUUGGCACACAUUUCCUAGAGAACAGAGAACUCUGUGCAAGGCCAAUAUAACCCUCAUAUCAACUCAAUUAUGCUAUUUACAUUUCUUUCAAUUGAAGGGAGAUUUGCAUCUAUGUACAAGAACAUAUCUCUCCCUUUCAUAUUUAUAUGCAGCGUUGUACAGCCAAAAAGCUGGGUAGUGGAGAAAAACAAACCCCAAAAAUAUCACAUGUUGAAUGUCUCUUUUCAAUGUGAUUCUACAGCUCAUCUCUUGGAUUGCUUAUAUAUUGUGUUGCCUAUAUAAUGCAGAAGUGUGAACUGUUAUAAUGAUGUCUUUUUGUGAAAGAGAGGAGUGCUGGUUUUGCCCGAUCACAGACUGGACCAUAGUAACAACCUCAGGCCAAAUCCUCUCUUUUCGCCCUGUACAAACAGGCUUCAGAGCGAUAAAGAUCACGCCCGAUCAGCACAAAGUAUUGUGGAGCCACAGACAAUAAAAUAAACCACUCUCACAUAUGAAAAACACGCUUCCUUGACAUUGUUGUGGGGGAAAAAUAGUUUUACUUGAUUUUAUCUGCCCUUGAUGUUCCUUGCCCCUGUACAAAUAUGAAAUACUUGUUUACAAAAUUUUGAAAGAAAAACAAUAAAUGGUGAAUCUCAUUGUACAUAAACUAUCAUCCUAUCUGAUGUCUAAUAGCAAACAUAAUGUUGAGACAGUUUAAGUUAUGAUAUUAUGUCUAGCUAAAUUACUAGAAAACAGUCAAGAAACAUCAUAAUGCUGCUCAAGUCACUGAUUUGGUAGGGAAAAUUAAGUGCUUAUCAAAAUUGAAUCAUUAUUUCCAUAAUUACCAAAGACUUGCUUUGCAGAACUUUGACCUUUCUUAUCGCUGUCCCAGAGAUGUUUUUAUUUUUACAUGUUUAAAAAGUUGUUAAGAGAGCAGAAUUCUCUCUUACAAGUACUUUUUUAAAUUAAAACAAAAAAACAAUUCCCCUUGAAAGGGAUGCCUUAAAGUAUGACUUAUGUGUAUUUAAUUUAAUAUUUCUAUAUUUUUCUCUCUUGCUCUCUCCGCUUUAUUUAGAUUGCUUGGCUAUUUUGCUUUCCAAUGUAUGUGCUUUAUCUGUAAAUGUAAAUUCUCAGAUGUCUUUGUAAAGGUUAAAGCACUUCCAUUGCUCUGGGAACUAUGUGAAUGUCAUGUCUUAAAUUCAACGUUUUUUUCCCUUAGCUUUCAAAUAAUCCUUUGUACAUGCAAACACCCCCUUAAUUUGUUAGGGAAAUGUAAAGUUUGUCUGCAAAUAACUGUACUUAUUCUCAGUCUGUGCUGUGCCUUAAAGCAAAGCAUUGGUCAAUGCAGCAGUGGGUUUAUCCAGUGGCACAGAUCAAAUGGUGCAGAAAAGCCACAAGCACGCACGCACUCACACAUGCAUACACGUGUGCAUGCACACACACACACACACUUCCAGUGUUGGUUUUGGGGGUAUGAUCAAACGGCUCUAGACAAACUCUGACAGAAAGGCAGCUUUGACCCCUUUGUGACCCCUAGCCACUCAGUUGCUUCCCAUAAGCCAAUGCUUUGACAACAUUGUGAAUGAGACAACAGGCUUUUCACAAAUGCAGAAUAGUUUAGCCCAUUUCAACACUGAAAUAUAUUCCAAAAUGUGUUCUGGUUCUCAUGUGUGGUAAAUUCAUAUAACUGGUACAUGUGUGUUUUGUGUUUCGAACAGUUCUCCUUGCUUAAUCGUUUGUAAGAACAUUUGACUAAUCUUUGGAAAGAAAAUAUAACCUUUUACUAACUUCUAGUCCUCCUAGUUGUGUGACUGUAUGAUCUUUUGGACAGUGAACCAAGGCAAUAAAAGGUCACACGUG